GGAGACUGGGUACAUAGCGGGGCCCGCGAGCGGAGCCGGCAGUGCGCCUCCAGCCAGCAGCCGCGAUGGUCAACUACAAGCGCGUCGUGUGCGAGGUGGCGGUGGUGCUGGCGCUGGCGGCGGCCGUGGCCGCGGCGCCCACCUCCAGCCCCGACUGCCACUACGACCAGCGGCAGAACGGCUCCGAGAACUACCGCCUCAACAUCGACGGCGUCGUCAUCGCCGUCGCGCCCGCCGACUCGCUGCUGGCCGCGGCCUCCGAGAUCGACCUGAGCGACCUCCUGGACCUGUCGGAGUUGGACGGGCCGUCGUCGCAGAAGCCGCAGCUGGAGCCGAAGCCGGAGGACGGCAAGCCGCAGGAGAAGCCCCAGGACAAGCCGGACGAGAAGCCCGACCUGUCCGUGCUCGACGUCAGCCAGAACACUGUGAAGGAGCAGAAGCAAGCUUUCACGAGGAAGCAGGAAAAAGCUCACAGACUGAAGAAUCGCCUAGCUCAAUUCCUGCUGCCCCUGCUGAGAAAGACCCGCCACCACUAAACGGAGAGCCCCAUGACAACUGAAGCGUAUAAGACUAAUAAGGCCUUAAGGCCGAAGCCUUGUCCUUAGAAGAGUAACGUAUGCACACAGUGCCGCGCUAAGUAAAGCACCAGUGUGUUGCUGCCCUAAAAGUACCGUUCCAAGACUUGCCUAUUAAAUACUUAAUAAGAAACGCUAUAAACAUGGAUGUGGAAAAUGCAUAUUACGAGUAUGUGCAUCCGACGGUCCGUUAAGUAAGACUUAGCCACAAGUGAUAUUGUAAUGCAUUUAUAGAUAUUUAUUUUAGUAUUAAGUUUAUUAGUAAGUUAGGAUGUAUAAAUCGUUUUGUUGAAAAUAAAUGAAAAUUCUUAUUGAAAAAUCCCUAAA